GUGAGGAGGACCCGAGCGGCAUGGUGACCAUCAUCACAGGCCUUCCACUGGACAACCCCAGCACGCUCUCAGGCCCUAUGCAGGUCAACGUGGAGGUGCCGGGCCACCAUGCUCAGUCUCAAGCUGCCCCAACUCCUUCGCGUCCACCAGGUCCCCAGGGUGUUCUGGGAAGAUGGUAUCAUGUCUGGCUACCGCCGCCCCACCAGCUCGGCCUUGGACUGUGUCCUCAGCUCCUUCCAGAUGACCAACGAGACCGUCAACAUCUGGACUCACUUCCUGCCCACCUGGUACUUCCUGUGGCGCCUCCUGGCGCUGGCGGGAGGCCAGGGCUUCCGGUCGGAGCCCUACCACUGGCCGCUUCUCGUCUUCCUGCUGCCCGCCUGCCUCUACCCGUUUGCGUCGUGCUGCGCGCACACCUUCAGCUCCAUGUCACCCCGCGCGCGUCACAUCUGCUACUUCCUGGACUACGGCGCGCUCAGCCUCUACAGCCUGGGCUGCGCCUUCCCCUAUGCCGCCUACUCCAUGCCGGCCUCCUGGCUGCACAGCCGCCUGCACCAGCUAUUUGUGCCCGCCGCCGCACUCAAUUCUUUCCUGUGCACCGGCCUCUCCUGCUACUCCCGGUUCCCCGAGCUAGAAAGCCCUGCGCUCAGUAAGAUCCUCCGCACGGCCGCCUUCACAUAUCCCUUUCUGUUCGACAACCUCCCGCUUUUCUAUCGGCUCGGACUGUGCUGGGGCCACAGCUGUGGGCAGGAGGCACUGAGCACCAGCCACGGCUACCACCUCUUCUGCGCGUUGCUCACUGGCUUCCUCUUUGCCUCCCACCUGCCUGAGCGGCUGGCACCAGGACGCUUUGAUUACAUCGGUGAGAGCAGACCUGGCCUGGCCCAGGAGGGGAUGGGAGACAGCUCCCCAGAGCACAGAGUGAACUGAGCCACAGCCACCAGCUAUUCCACAUCUGUGCAGUGCUGGGCACGCACUUCCAGCUGGAGGCGGUGCUGGCUGAUAUGGGAUCUCGCCGAGCCUGGCUGGCCAUGCAGGAACCGCCGCUGGGCCUGGCGGGCACAGUGGCCACACUGGGCUUGGCGGUGGCCGGGAACCUGCUCAUCAUUGCUGCUUUCACAGCUUCCCUAUUUCGGGCUCCCAGUACGUGCCCCCUGCUGCAGGGUGGCCCGCUGGAGGGGAAUACAAAGGCCAAACUACAGUGAGGCCCCAGCUCUGAGCCUGCCCUGGAGGAAGCAGAGGCCAGACCCCGCCCCCCAUGCUGGGGAGGAGCCCAGACCCAGGCCUGAUAAGAUGGGGGCACUUCUGAGCCUGGAACCAAGAGGAGUGGCUGAGGAGGGAGUGCGGAGAUCAGAAGGCAGAGGAGAGGAGAGGGCUGGGGGGCUGGUAGAGAGUAGGAGGGUCAGGGAGGGUGCUCUUGAUGGGGCUGGGGGAAGUGCUGAGGGUCUGAGAGGGGAGGUGCAAGUGUCCAGGCUGGAGUUGCCCCACCCACCUUCGAAGGCUGGGAUGGGGAGGUGUUGGGCCCUUUCAACUGGUCCCACCUCUGGUGCUCCUGGAGCUUCUGCUCAGCCCAGGCGAGAACUAACCUGA